GCGGGCGGCAACACUGGACUGUGACUGGAGCACUGAUGGCAGGAAAUGACGGUAGCUCUGGUAGUGAUCCGGAAAUGGAAGACGAAUCGUGUAGCGGGAGUGCAGCAGGGAGUGAAUGGUGGAAAGUAGUCAAUCGGAAAAGAAAGAAAAACAAUAGUCAAGGAUCAUUUACGGAUAGUGGAAAGGAGGAUCAUAAGUUGGUUUGCCAUCCGCCAUAAAACGUUAUUAGAAGAAGAAGAGAUCUCGCGAUAUUUCCCCGGACUCCUAUUGGAAGGUAAAUAGCUCAUCUCAGCUAGCUUGUGUUCUUUACAGCUGCUUAUCCACCGCUGUCAAUCCACCCGUUCAUUACCGAGCCUUUGAAAAUGUAGCUUGCGGUUAUAUAUUUGUCUUUAACCAUCACUGUGAACAAUAUCUGUGAGGUUUUGACAGGGUCAAAUCUGUCAGAAGUCAUAAGGUGGACCUGGUCCAUCUCCAAAACAGCAUGAUGCUGCCAAAAUAGUGAAAUCAUCAUCAUCAGUGGAGGAUUUUUCAUAGACUUGAAUGCCCAUUAAAUGCUUAUCUUCACUCCCAGUUUCUUAGGCUAGUGUUUUGACCUUAGUCUCCUAAUAAACAACACUCAGUGGUGUCCCAUUAAUAAUGCUGUUCUCUCUGCGAGAGGUAGUGCAAUGGCUGGGCUUUGCCACAUUUGAGCUGUUCCUCCACUUGGGCACGCUGCUGGUGUUCAGCGUGCUGGUGGCCCUACACAUGGACGUGGACAAGCAGACUCUUGAGAUGAGCUGGUGGAUUGUCUUCUCUCCCUUGUUUGCUGCUGAUGGCCUCAGCACUUACUUCACAGCCAUUGUAUCCAUCCGCCUCUAUCAAGAAGGAGAGAAGCGGCUGGCGGUGCUGCGCUUGCUGUGGGUGCUGACCGUGCUCAGCCUCAAGCUGGUGUGUGAGGUGCUGCUAUGCCAGAAAUUGGCAGAACAGAACCAGGCACAAAGUGAUUUGUGGUUCGGGCUUAUCGUUUCCCCACUUUUCAUCCUUCUGCAGCUGCUAAUGAUUCGUGCUUGUCGUGUCAAUUAAAGGACAAACCGUCUGCACACAUGCCAGGAGUGAAUCGUUGUGAACUGCAAAAUCAUUGUGAACUUUUUUUUUUGUAUUCAAAUGGUUCAAGCAUGUGAACAUGGCAUCAUAAACAAUGCUUAAAAUAAUGUGCAAUUUUGAUUAUUAUUAUUGUCCAUAAGUGCUAUGAGAGAUUUGGUCUGGAUUUUUUUCUGAAUACUGUCAAUGUUGCUU